CAAUGUGGUUUAUAGGAAUUUUAAUAGCUAUAUUUUCAAACGUUUUUGUGGUCGAGAAUAGAAUGUUACCUAUAUACUAUGAAACCGAAGCACCGGUUACAGAGGAUUUUAUGAAUGCUGCAGAUACCCAUGAUGAUGAAAGUCCACAUGAAAAAGUUAUACUGACAACAGUUACACGUACAGACGAUGAUGGCAAUGGACUCAAAAUAAAUGAAGAAAUCCAUGGUAAAUAUAAGAAGCCAUGUGCUAUUGUAGUGUUAUCUAAUGUACAAAACCCGUCUAUGCAAUCUUUGCUUCGAAAAUAUAGAUACGACUCAAACGGAAUUCUCAUACCAAAAAGUGUUAAAUAUUUCAUCAAAUUACCCCAAGGAUUAAAAUCACAGUCUAUUCUGGUGCCACUAAAUGAUAAAGCGUUUUCACCUUUGGGAGGUUUCGUGAGAUAUUAUAAAGAAGUACCACCUAUCCCACACGCAUGGUGAUAUCAAAUUAUAAUCA